CCUGAAUCUAUGACUCCUUUUCUCAUUGUCUCCUGCACCCAUUCGUGUGUUUGGUAUCCCUUCCAAUCCGAAUAUUCCAGGGAAGAUAUAGCCGACCUACAACGGAGAAUGUAUCAUCUAUGAAAUCCUGGUCCUUUGGCAAUUGUCUAGUACAUGGUUUCUGCAGAUGCUGCCUCGGAGCAAUGAAUCUAUUUAUCUAGAGAUGCUCUUGGUAUUUUCAAGGCAUACUUCCCUCUAUUAUGCAUUCCACGAUUUUCCGAGUCCCGUCCCUCCGGACCAGAUUCCCUGGCCAGCUCUCCUGGAUGCGAAGCUUCUGCUUAUCUUCGCAGCGACACGAGAUCAAAGAGCUUGACACACUACCACAGCGAGUAAUACCAGGAUAUCAAGAAUCGCAAGUAGGCGAUCUCCUAUCCCUGCAAUGGCCGACGCCGCCACGCAACAUCCUUGUUGUGAAAAAAAAUUGUGUCCCAGCAGUAACAGAAUCCCUUGUUGAAUUUGCCAAUCAUGCGACAUCUACGUAUCCUUCAAUAUCGAUCAUCCUUGAACCCAAAGUUGCCGAAGAGGUUCAUGCAUCGCUGCACGCCCCGGCUUACACGACGUCUCUGGAUCGCCUUCGACCGGCACUACACAGUAAAGUAGAUCUCACCGUUACCCUGGGAGGAGAUGGAACUAUCUUACAUGCUUCAUCGCUUUUCGCGACGUGCUACAAUGUACCCCCAAUGUUAUCCUUCAGCAUGGGCACGCUUGGGUUUCUCAGUGAAUGGAAGUUUCCCGAGUAUAAGCGCGCGUUUCGGGAGGUUUACAUGUCUGGGGCGGGGGCAGGAGAUCGUGCAACCGUGCUAGGCGACGUGCGGCCGACGACGCAUGAUGAGCCACUAGACCUAGACGUGGGCCCAACGGGCUGGUCAUCGGUACGGGGCAAGUCGAUGGGUCUGACGCGCGGAGCUCGGAUUCUGAUGCGCAACCGACUGAAGGUAGGGCUUUUCACAGCGGAUGGACAGCCAGUUCGACAAGAAGCAUCAGCGAAUUCUGUGCCAGGCAUCUGGGAUCGUCGGGGACUGUAUGUCAUGAACGAAGUCCUGCUGCAUCGUGGUAAGGAGCCGCAUCUGGCAGUGGUAGAUAUCUACGUUGGUGGACGCUUCUUGACGGAAGCUGUAGCCGACGGGAUCAUCAUCUCGACGCCAACCGGAAGCACAGCGUACAGCUUGAGUAGUGGUGGUAGUAUCGUGCACCCUCUUGUCCCUGCUGUACUCCUGACCCCGAUCUGCGCCCGAAGCUUGAGCUUCCGGCCAUUGGUGCUGCCGUCGAGUACACCGAUCACGCUCCGUCUGAGCGAGAAGAACCGCGGCCGCGAAUUAGAGGUGAGCAUUGAUGGGGUGAACAUGGGUCAAGGGAUGACGGCGGGGAUGGAAGCGCGGGUGUGGAAUGAGGAGAUGCGGCACGGCAAGAAUGAAUGGCAGGGGGGAGUGCCAUGUGUAAUGCGGAGGAUCACCGGUGGGGAGGCGCAUGAUGGCUGGGUGGGUGGUCUCAACGGAUUGCUGAAGUUCAAUCAUCCAUUCGGUGAGGAUCGCUAAUGACUUUGCUCGAUCAUUCUGAUCCGAUGAACACAAUCUGAAGAGAUAUAUGGACAUAAUACAACCAUAUAUUCCGGGAAUUGCAUUGCCG